GAGUUAUAUAAUAAGCCAUACAAAAGCCAAGGGUCUGUCUCUUCUUCUUCUCUUCUUCUUCCCCAAUUCCUGCAAAUAGUAAUCAACCAAAACCAUUCUCAAAUACAGAAAAAAGAAUUCAAACUCAUUCAUUUCUGCAGUUCCAGGGUUCAUUUUUCCUUUGAAGGUUUCAAUUUUGAUGUCUGCCAUUCUAGAAGAACAUGAUUACAUAGGCUUAUCAGGGGUUCCUUCAAUGGAGAACUCUGACAAGCCUGAAAGUGGAAGAACUAAAGGUUUGAACUUGAAAGAAACAGAGUUGAGGCUUGGACUGCCUGGUUCUGAAUCGCCUCCUGAAAGAGAUUCAUGUUACCUCAAGGGUUUAACUUCUGGUGCUAAAAGGGGUUUCUUCAACACCAUUAAUACUGGUUCUGGUAAAUGGGUUUUCUCUGGUAAAGAUGGAUCUGAACUUGAUUUGGCCAAAAAUGGUGGUUUGUUUGUUAACUGUGGUGUGAAAGAUGUUGGUUCAUCAGCCAUGGUUUCAUCCAGUUCACCUUCUGUGAAAGAUUCCAUCAUCCCUCUUUCACCUAAACCAGCACCUGAGAGGAAACCUCAGAUUACUGCACCAGCUGCUAAGGCUCAGCUUGUGGGAUGGCCACCAGUUCGAUCAUUUAGGAAGAACUCAAUGGCGAAUAGCAAUGUUAGUAGUAAGAAUAUCGAUGAUAACGAAACAAAUGUGAAGAUGGGAUUGGACUGUUUUUAUGUGAAAGUAAGUAUGGAUGGAGCACCAUACUUGAGGAAAGUUGAUCUGAAGAUGUAUUCUACUUAUAUGGAAAUGUCAUCUGCUUUGGAGAAGAUGUUUAGUAGCUGCUUUACAAUUGGGAAAUGUGGUGGGGAUGGAUUGAGUGCAAGCAAACUAAUGGAUGUUCUUCAUGGAUCUGAGUUCGUGCUUACUUAUGAAGAUAAAGAUGGCGAUUGGAUGCUUGUCGGAGAUGUCCCAUGGCAAAUGUUCAUGAAUUCUUGUAAGAGGAUGAGGAUCAUGAAAAGUUGCGAUGCAAUUGGUUUGGCUGCACCAAGGACAAAUGCGAAAAACCCGUGAGUAGAGAUUUAUCGAAGAAGUAAUAAAGGAUUUGAUCGAUCUGGCCGAUUUGAACAACCAAACGGGUAUGAUCAUAGUCAUAUUAGUUGUUGAGAAGCAUGUAUCUAUUAUUUUUAAUUUUUUUGGACAUGUUUUGUUUAGUGUUUGUGUAAUCCCUAAUUAAACUUCUAUUAGUGUUAUAUGUAAAUGGUUUUGUUGCAACAAACUCUAUUUAUUUA